AUGACUUCCCCUCAACGUAUAUUCCUAAUCACAAUCAUCACCCUUCUCUCUUUAAUAGGUAUAUUCCAUCUACCUCACGCGAUCUAUUCAUUAUCGGCAUUCGCUUUUUCUCCACCUACAUUCUUCUCUUCGGGUUGUUAUACCUGUCGAGCUAAUUGGGUGUUGGGACAUGAAGUCGGGGAUGAGAUGGUCGGGUCUUCUGUUGAACAGGGGAUAGAGUCGGGAGGGGAUAUGAGAGAGAUGGAUAAGGUGGAUAAAGUGGAUAUGGUGGAUCCGACUGAAAACAUUGAGGAACAUAUUGAGAGCGAUAUGGAGUCAUCGUUGGAAAAACUUGUCGAUGAGGAUGUUUUUGAAGGGGAGGUUGAGGAGAUGGUCAAGGUUGAUUCCCCUUUGGAACGAUUAUGGAGGUUAUUAUUCCAUUAG